AUGAUUAUGAUUGAUGCUGGGCAUACCAAAAACGGCAAUUCCAUCACGAAUGAUGAUGUUGUGGCACUGGCUUACGUUAAUGGGAGAAUAACAUACACAAUUGAAGACAAUAGAGACUGGUUUCUUCGAGAAUGGGCUCUUUUCAAAGAAGAAAUCCAGGAAGAAAUUGAAUGGGUAGCAGUGUCACUUCGUCAAAUCGGCUUAGAUUCAAUCAGAAUACCUGGCAAUACUGACCAGAAUAUAUUGAAGCUAUAG